AAUAUACGUAUAGCUCGAGUCGUCAAUUUAUUGGCGUGAAAGGACUUAUUUUCUCCGUCGAAAUUCGCCUUGAAACCGCAGUAAUACCUAUGCUUAUCCUAGACGGAUCAAACUCUUGUUCUGUCGUACUACUACAUUUUCAUCGGCGCCGAUAACGAACACACAAAAUAUCUUCGAUCCGCUUCCCUCGUGUGCGUGCCAGCAGACUCGACUCGGACGAUUUAGGCCACGCGCUCCGCGUACGAACGCUGCGUGUGGAAAUCGAGGGACGAGUGAAUCAUUCCGAACUCUAUCCCCGUAGUCCGUUAACACGCGCUUUAAUUACAAGAUACGUCAGCGGAAUGCGCGCGGCAUCGCUUCGAGACCGUCGAUCGAAGCGUGCAGGAUUUUUCGAGAACGGAGAAUCCGCUGAGUCGAGGGAAACAAAUCGGCUGUAAAUUCGAGCGGUAGGAAUUUAGGUUGCAACUGAUUGAGACGAUCAAAAAAUCACGUCUCGAAACGAUCCGAGUAAUUCGGAGCAAUUUCACGCUCGAAAACAAUUACGUUCGAGAAGCUGUCGGCAUUGCGACGAGCGUGUGCACGAUUUCAGACACGCGAUGCGCGUCGGCACGCGACAACCCGUUCCUAACUCGCUCGUUCUUUGUGUCCACGAUCGACGAACCCAGGGGCAAGACGAAGAGGCGAAAUACGACGACGUGUUCUCGCCGAAGAGGAACGCCGAGGACCGGCCGAUCUCGACGGACCUCGCCGAGGACAUCUACGACGACGUGGUCUGCCCGGUGAAGCUGUCGUCGACGCUAUGGAGGGACUCGGAGAAGUUCGAGAACGAGGAGUCGGCCCGCGAAGACGACGGCUAUUACCUGUCGAUACCGAAUGCGUAUUCCAGCGUGGAGGCUGACAUGGACGAGAUGUGCGACUGCGAGCAGGGUGUAUACGAUGACGUCGGCCUGCCAACAGAGGAGCAGGUCAACAGCUUGUACGCCGGCUCCUCGACGGGCUCGAUCCUCGGCAAGGAAUCCGAGUGGGAGGACCUGGAAGAGCCGACGACCUCGCCUCUCCGUUCCGCGGCUAAAGACAAUGCCCGGCUGAGAAGCUCCGAGUCCGUGCAGAUCCUCUCGAACAAGAAGAAGUCCGGGCACAAGUGGUCGAGGAGGAUCAGGCGAUCCAAGGUGUUCAGGAAGACCGAGAAGACGUUGCCGGUCGACGACACCAUGACCUACGGUCAGUUGCGAAGAUCUAAUCGCUGAGGUUCCAUUCGCGACGACCGGCCAGCGAAGAGUCAGCCUAAUUUAGAAGUUGGCCG